GUGGUGCGAAGGCGAGUGAGUGAGUGAGCGUGUGUGUGCGCGUGCGCGUGCGCAGGUACUGCGCGGUGCGCGGCGAGCUGGAGCGGGCGCAGGAGCGCGCGCGGGCGCUGGAGCGCGAGGCCGAGGGACUGCGGCGCGCCGCCGCGGAGCAGGAGGAGCGCCACAAGAGCAUGUACCUCAAGAUGUACAUGAAAGGCCAGGAGGCGGCGCGCUUCGAGCACGCAGACCAGGUACUGGAGUUCGCCCACAAAGCUCCCAGCAGAGUUUCUGUUCCGGAACUCCUGCAGCAGCUGCAGGUUGCAGAGAGCGAGCUGGAGAACAUGAAGGCAAUGUACCGCCGCAUUGUGGAAUCGCGUGCUAAGAAGGGUGAACUCGACCCGGAAAUCACAUUGCAGUUCCUGAAAUCUGCAAUUUACUACUUUCUCACAGACAAAGAAAAUCACCAAGGUCAUCUUAAUGCUAUUGAAAGCAUUUUAGGUUACAAUGAGAAUGAAAAGCUUGUCAUAGAAAAGGCCUGCAGAAUGUAUGCUAGGAAGUAACUCAUAAAAAGGAUUACAUUGCUUUUCAAAAAGUCAUUGCACUCCUGGAUUAUCACAACUAUUUCCUUGGUUAUCACACCUGAUAAUUGUCUCUUCUAGUAGAUGGCAAUACGUAAGAACACCCUGGAUCCAAUCAGAAAUUUUUAAUACAUGUAAUCCUAACUGUAAGUUUUGACAUGAAACAACAUUCCACAAAUUCACAACAUAACUAUAGCAUCUAUACCUUGCUCAUUACAGUAUUGUUCAGUUAUAUGGUUCAUUCAGUAUAUACACAUAUAUAUGUGCAAUUUAUCCAAAAACAGAUUGUAUAUGUACAUAAAAUGUACAAAGUGACACAUUUGUAAAUAAAUCAUAUUCAAAAUCAGAUUGAAAAUAGAUUCUACGCAUAUAUUCUGUCACUUUGGCCUUUUUUAUGAUCAAAUGUGGAAAUGCAAUGGUAUGUAGGCUUGUUUCGUUCUCUGAAUGUACGCCUUGACUCUAGCUAGGCAAGAACCAUUAGUAUGCCAAAAAUUUGCCACACCUAAUUGUUUUUUUACCCUUAAUGUUAUAAUUUUGGGAUGCCAGUCUUUAAAAGACUGAAUUCUCCAUAUCAUUUUACAAGGUACUUUUGUGUUUUGAAUGUUCCUAUUUUAAUGCUGUCCCUCAAAGAAAUCCAGAAUCACAAUCAAAGUUACUAUUUAUUCUAUUUAAUUGUGUGUCUCACAAUAACUCUCAUUGAGGGUAAUUGCUUGGUGGUUCAGACCAUAGAGAAGCUACACAACAUCUCGUUUAAAUCUACAUUGACUUUUGACAAGUUAAUUCAAUCAUGUUUUAAAUAGUACAUAUUGGUGAUUCACUUGAACAAAAAUCAUCAAUUGGUUUUCGGUGGUCUGGUAUUCUGAAACUGUAAAUAUUAAUUUAUAUUAUACAAAUAAUUAUGUAGUCUUAUUUUUUGUUUCAUUUACUGAGUUUUAUUAAUUAUUAUCCUUGUACCAUUCCCCUUCUUCCUUUUUUUUUAAGUAUCAUAUGCUCCUUUCUUUUUGUUUUUUGCUCAAUAAUGUGCCUUAGAGCAUAUUGAACACAAUGGCUCUCCUUCCAUAUGUUGUAAAACAGUUUGAUUAGUUUGUUAAUAAACAAUGAAUAUGCUCUGUUGAAAAGAGAAGGCUACAAAAAUUUGAAGCCAUAUAAGGUAUUCCAUGUCAAUGUAUGGAAAAUUGUUCAAUUAACAUCAAUUUACAAACAUCUGUUUCAGUUUUCAGGACAUUUGCGUGACUACAAACAGUGUUAAAAUAUUAGAAUGUGAUGUUACCUUGAGGGUCUGAAUAAUGUCAGACGGUAGGAUAGUAUAAGAAGGGAAGAGAAAGUAGAACAUGUGCAGAUUUUAUUUCUGGGGGACUCAAAGCACUAAGAGAAAGAAAAGUAAAAAAUAAUUUUUAUUUCUUUAAUGGAAUAAAUAGAGGGUACCUACUUACAGACAAAAAAUUCAAAUUAACAUCACUCUGAAGUGACUAAAUGCACUUUGGUGUUGAAUUACUUUCUGGUUAUUUCUUACAACUUAUGGUAAUUUCUGAAACUGUUAAUGUAGCUUUAAAUGCCCAAACACAUCUGAAAUAGAUAUUUGAGACCUGUUAUAGACUGCCUAGCUGUGAAUUUCUUCAUUCAGCAUCCAGUGAGCUUCCAGUAUAAUUGACUCAUUGUAACCAAAUACCCAUAUUGUAUUUCUCAAAUCUGAUAAUUAUUUGUUAUACAGUCAUAUUUUCUUGUCACUCGCAUUGUUCUCCAGGUGAGCAAAUGGAGGAUUUAAUCAGAGAUCAAAAUGUCACAAGAUUUAAUUUUGCCUGCCAUUUAGCAACAAAUUCUACCAAUAAACUAAAUAGCUAAGAAUGUGAAAUUUACCAUCAAAAACUGUUGGGCAAUUAAAUAAAGGUUUGGAAUUAUUUAAUAUGAAUUAGCACUAAUUUUUCUACAGUUACACCGCUCAGAACUUGAUUUGCAUCAAGUUAAUAACCUUCAAGUUAUUUAUAUUAUUAAGAAAAUUAAAGAUGCUAAGUCCUUAAUAAUAGUUUAUUGCUACUGUACCUUACGAACAACGGGUGAUAAAAUAUUUAACUCCUGGUACUCAUGUUGACUAGGAAGGAGGAGCAGGAUACUAGUUAACAUAAUAUUACAACAUAACCUUUUUUGAUUUUGUUAAAACACUGAAUAAAACAUAAAAAAUAUCACUCAUGAUGAUGAAGAUACUUUCUUUGCUGAAGAAAAAUUUCUCGCUCACUGCUUUGAGGUAAUAUCUUCCUCUCAAAGACAAAGUGUCUCUUUAUCAUCUUGUGUGAUAAAUUCCUAUUUCUAAACUGCAUAGUUCAUGUGGCAUGCGUGCAUGAGAUGCAAUACUGAAUAACAUGUAAAAGUCAGGAUGCUGAUGUGUUAAGUACAUUUUUUACUCUAUACACCCAGAUCACUGUCUGUUAACAUUUGUUUACACAUUUUUAAUUUUAUGCUUCUCUUAACACUUUGAUGAUUUCUGUAGCAGAAACACCACAUAACGUCAAGACUAAUAUUGGUGUUAGUAAUGCAAAAUUCUCAAACACUAGGAUUAUGCUUGGUGGUCAGUGAUUGCCCUGAGGUUACAUCAAAGAUCUGUAGUAUUAAUAAAUGGCUUGGUAAUAGACUGAUGUAAUAUCUAAGGAAAAUGCUAUAUUAUGUAUUUCCUUCUUGAUAUGUAAGACUGAAAAAUGUUUCACAGGUAGUAUUAUUUAAUUCAGAUUUGCUUUGAUGAAAAACAUAAAAGUUGUACAUGAAGAAAUUCUUUGAUUAAUUGUUUGAAAUUGGUUUGAGGUAAUUGUUUUUAAGGUGCAAACCAAUAUUGGAAAGAAAUUAUGGUAGGUACUAUGUCUCAAAGAAGACAGAAAUUUCUGAACAUUGCACCUUUACAUAGAGUCUUCCUUCAUGAAUUAAAAAUACCCUGUAGUGAAAAAGCCAAAAAGAGUAACAAACUCCUAUUAAGAUAAUUGAUUUCUUAUUUUUUAAGGUAUCCAAAUCAUUACUUUUGGUGGAUAACACUUGUGUUAUUUAAAAUAAUCGAAAAAACCUAUUCUUGAUAUUAUCAUAAUGUCUUUUCAGGAUA